AUGGAGCAUCGGCCAAUCGCCAGCGUUUUUCCAGGGCCCUCCUCCCCCCUGACCUCCGGCGAUGAGCCUAUACACAUGUUAUGUAUCUCGGAACCUAACAUCAAUAGAGACGCUAUCAUGGCGAGCAGCUUGAACGGCGUCGAACAUGACUCCGUCACAAACGGUAGACAAAGGAGACGUGCCAAAAUCCAAUUAGCGGGGAUCUACGGCGCUAUUUUUCUUGCAGGAUGGAACGAUGGCUCAAGCGGGCCGAUCAUUCCACGAAUCCAAAAGGAAUACGAUAUCGGCUUCAUUCUCGUGUCGAUGACUUUUGUCUGCGCUUGCGUGGGCUUCAUUGGUGGCGCGUUAGUCAACAUGCAUUGGGCGGAUCGUUUCGGCUUCGGCAAGAUGGUGGUUCUUGCGGUCGCGUUUGCCAUCCAGGCAUCUGCACCUCCGUAUCCUCUGUUUGCCAUCGCAUUUGCCAUCAACGGGAUAGGCAACGCUAUCCAGAAUGCGCAGGGAAACGCAUACGUUGCUAGUUUGAAGAAGGAUUCUGAGACCUAUAUGGGAUUGCUACAUGCCAGCUCAAUAGUCUUGAUAGGCGCAGGAGCAUUCUCAGCUCCGCUGGUGGCCACCCAGUUCUCUCAGAUGCCGCGAUGGUCCUUCCACUAUCUUGUGUCGAUGAGUAUCGCAGUCGCCAACCUCGCCUCGCUUGUUCUAGUCUUCCGAUUCCGAUCACUUGAUGACUGUCUGGGACUGGUCGGAGAAUCUGCUGGGGAGAAGAGCACUAGCGAUCGCAGUACUUUCCGACAGAUUCUUUCGCUAAAGAGCGUUCACUUGCUCUCGAUCUUCGCGCUGAUUUAUGCUGGUGUUGAAGUCACAAUCGGAGGUUGGAUCAUCACAUACAUCAUCGAUGUUCGCCAUGGUGGACCUUCUGCAGGCUACAUCUCGUCUGGGUUCUUCGGAGGCCUGAUGAUUGGUCGACUGGCUCUUCUUUGGGUCAACAAAGUGGUCGGAGAGAAUCGGGUUCUUUAUCUCUAUGCAUUCCUGGCAAUCGGACUCGAGCUCAUCGUUUGGUUUUUGCCCUCUCUUAUCGGCGGUGCGGUGGCCGUCAGUCUAGUCGGGGUGUUCUUGGGCCCCAUCUAUCCUAUCGUCAUGAACCGCGCUGCUCGCGCCGUUCCCCGGUGGUUGCUCUCGCCAUCCAUCGGCUGGAUUGCUGGAUUCGGGCAAACAGGUAGUGCCGCUCUUCCGUUCUUGACUGGCGUAAUCGCGUCCAAGGCUGGCAUCCGCUCUCUUCAGCCUUUGCUUAUAUCCAUGAUGGCUGUGUUCCCAGUCAUUUGGGCGAUGGUCCCCAUCUCUCGGCGCAUCGACUGAUUUCUUCGGGAGUAAUUUCUUGUGCCGUUUUAAAUCGUGUGAUAGUAUCGUAUACUCGAAAUAUCGAGCCCGUUUGCCAUAGUGUAGUCCAUGUUAGUUUCGUUGAGUGUCCAUUCUGGAAGUUGACGGUCGCGUGACAUUGGCGCGACUCUUUGGGAAUGUUUUGCCAACUUCCCGCGUCCCCCGAUCUGUUCUGUAGUUCGCACUGCGAACAAUAAUCCCUUCUCCUCUCGACCGCCCCUCGACCGCAAUGGGUACCGUGAAAACAUACUUCGACUUGACUCCCGAAGUCUUUCCCUGGCGCGAUUCACGGGCACAACAAAUCGAACAACGACGCGCUGAGCUGGGAGAUCUUCUUCUCUUCGACAUCCUAUUAACGUCUGGCGGCAUACGCGAGCCCGACACACUCUACCCGCCCCGAGACACAGAGACUUUCUACCGCCUGUUUGAAGCCAUCCAGUCUUCGCGCUAUGACGCGUUGAAGCGAGACUGCCUUGUGUAUUUCCUGCUCAAGUGGUACCAGGACGGUCGCGAGGAACGGUUCAAGUUCGACCGGUGUAUUCCCUCACAAUUCACGGCUUUGUCGGAUGCAUAUUGGAGCUUGGAUUCUGGGGUUGACGUGCCGCGCGCUGUUUCCAUCCUCUCGGACGCUCGUCUGAACACGGACUACGCCACAAAAAUUAUCCAGGCCAUCUCAUUAAUGCCGAACUCCCCAUCUUAUGUGCUCAAAUACGUGCGCACCGCCAAGCCUUCUCUGACCGAGCCUCAUGACAUCGAGUUGUACACAUUGGCUCUUGCAGAGGUCAGCCUCGUCGAGGCGUGGAGAUAUCAGCGGACCUUCAGUGAAAAACAUCCGUUCCGUCCCAGGUUACUACAGAAACUAUUGGACUGGUGUUUCACCCCCUCCGUACGAAAAAAUGCGCUUGUGCAACUGCUAGCGAUAUCCAUGUCGUCUUACGAGGACCAAGUGAUUCAGGCUUACGCUACUCCACCUUCUGAACUGCCGGCCGAGGCUCUCGAAACACUUCAAAACCUAUUAUGUGUCCGCCACAUCCAAGCCGGACGCUACGCUGAAACGAUCAAACUAGACCGCCAGUUCUCCUCGGCGUCGUCCAGCAAGUCUGCUCUGCAGAGGGAACGUGCGAAAAUGGUGCAGGACUUGUUGGCCGCCUUGCCCCAAGUUGAACGAGCGAGUCUGGAAUUGGAUUUGGAUCCUGACACGAGACCUGGACUGAUCGCAUCUCUGAGCGGUGACUUGGGGCCUGCCAAUACUCGGGAAUGGGACAUGAGCAUGUCCUGGGAGGAGAUCAUGCCUGUGGCCGCUCCGACAGCGAAGCCGGUGGUGCCAGAGACUGUCCUCUCUGCAUCCAAGCUUGGAUUGUCUCAGUCGAGGACACACCCUGUGGACAUUCCUGUUCCAGUUUUGUUCGCGACCCCCAAAGCUGCCGCGCCGAGGAAAUCGCUGAACGGAUCGACGACCGUGUUUCCGGCGUUGUUCCAAUCGGCCAGUGGGUCUGGCUCUCCGUCGGUCUUCACCUCGGCCAACCGAGUUCAAAAUGCGUUCUACAAGCCCCCGCCACUGCAGACAUCAUCGCCGAUGGUAUUCGAGCAAGUUCCAGUGCAACCGACAAGCGGAAGUGUGCCUGGA